CCCUUACUCUCUCCAUCGCUCUCUCGCUGUCUUUGCGAGAGGAGUUCGGGCAGUAACUACGUCAGCCUUCAGCGAGCAGCUGAGGAGAUCUGUGGAACUCAUAUGUGUGUGUGUCUCUCUCUCAUCCUUCUCUCAUAGUCUCCAGCUCAUGCCUCUACUCUCUCUGGAGUCUACGACCGUGGCACAUCCUGGGGCACUGAUACGGCGAACGAAGCACCUCCUCUCACCAUCUGCACUCCACUACUCAAACAGCAGCAGACCACAGCACAAACCAAGGAGAAAAGAAGGAGAGAGUGGAAGCAAAGGAUGGAAGAGAAGAAAAGAAAGAUGGGAAUCUGAGGAAAAAGUGCGGAGGUAGGAGAGACGGAUGGACAGAGUAGAAAAAGUGAGUAAAGGAAUAGUAUUGGAAGAAUAAAACCGAGAUGAAGUGGGGAACACAGAGCUGAUAAAGGCGAAACUGAUAAGAGAAAUAUAUUUCUUAUAAAUAGGAACGUAGCUGGGUCCGGCAAAGAAUAACAACCUUAGAGAGAGAAGAUUUAGAAAAAUAAAUUCUAACAGUCAUAGUGUGGUAGAAAAGCUGGUGAAACGGAAAAGAGCAAAGGCUCAGGGAGAGAUCAGCAGGGGGGAUCAGAGUCUUUUGCAAAGGACUCUUCAAACACAGCCCUGGCAAACCACAUGCCCAUCGAAUUAGUUUGUAAAAUUAAGUUUGCUAAAGGCCACGAAGCCAAGGGGGCCUCAACAGAAGGAGGCGGAACGGUUAUGCUAGAUGAAGGCCUUCGGCGUCAAAAAGGAGGUAUGGCUGACCUGGCGUCCUUUGCGAGUUCCUCUUCGCUACACGGUCUGGCUCGGGUAUUGGGGACCUCAGGGCACAUGGGAUUCAGACAGACCCUUUGGGGACUGGCACUGUUGGUCUCGCUUGGUCUCUUCCUGUACCAGGCGACAUGGAGCAUGGUGACUUUUCUAGAGCGACCCCAUCUCGCAGCUAUGAGGGAAGAAACCCGCCGUGAGCUCACCUUCCCAGCCAUUACCCUCUGUAACGUCAACCGAUUUCGCUUCUCAGCCCUCACCGAUGCGGACAUCUACCACUUGGCUAACCUCACCGGCCUGCCGCCCAAGAGCCGUAAAGGACACCGGCCAAGUGAGCUCCAGUACCCACCCCCUGACAUGCUAGACAUUUUCCAGAGGACUGGCCACCAGCUGGAAGACAUGCUGAAGAGUUGUAACUUCAGCGGGCAGAACUGCUCGAGCAAAGACUUCAGCGUGGUGUAUACACGGUUUGGGAAAUGUUACAUGUUUAAUGGAAACAAGACGUCACCCAAGCGGGUAAGACAAGGCGGCACAGGAAAUGGACUGGAGCUGAUGCUGGAUAUUCAGCAGGACGAGUAUCUGCCCAUCUGGAGAGAAACCAAUGAGACGACACUGGAGGCAGGUAUUCGGGUUCAGAUUCACAGUCAGAACGAACCCCCGUACAUCCACCAGCUAGGCUUUGGGGUCUCUCCAGGAUUCCAGACUUUUGUUUCCUGUCAGGAACAGAGGGUAACAUACCUGCCACAGCCGUGGGGAAACUGUCGGGCUUCGUCUGAGCCUGUGAUCCCAGGAUUCGACACAUACAGCAUCAGCGCUUGCAGACUGCACUGUGAGAGCACACAGGUGCAGAGAGAGUGCAACUGCAGGAUGGUGCAUAUGCCAGGUGAUGCUGAUAUCUGUUCACCCAGCAAAAUCAAGUGUGUUAACAAGGCGUUAGCUUUACUCCAGAAGAGCACAGGUGACUCAUGCCCCUGCGAGACACCCUGUAAUUUCACUCGGUAUGGAAAAGAGCUCUCUAUGGUUAAAAUCCCCAGCAGGGGCUCCGCUCGCUACCUUUCUCGCAAAUACCAAAAAUCGGAGGAAUACAUCAGAGACAACUUUCUCAUCUUGGAUAUUUUCUUUGAGGCCCUUAAUUAUGAGACAAUUGAACAGAAGAAAGCGUACGACAUCGCUGGUCUGUUAGGAGAUAUUGGCGGACAGAUGGGGCUCUUCAUUGGAGCCAGUAUUCUUACUAUACUGGAAAUACUUGACUAUAUAUACGAGGUGGUCAAAUGCAAAAUCAAGCAACCCCUGAAACCUAAAAAGAGUCAGAAAAAACAAAACCAAAGGAACUUGAUUCAAGAGCAGAUCCAGAGAACAAAGAACAUGCGAGAACUGAACCUGCGAACACAGCUGGCAGAUAGAACUAUAGCUACUGUAAGAUUUGAAGAAGUCAAAGUCAAGGAAGCUAAUGAAGUGGCUCAACUCCACAGUGCACAUCCAACUUCAAUAUUGCCAAAUCAUCACAAUGCACAAGCAGUUGUACAGCAGGACUUGGCUUGUUAAGGGAUGCCUCUUCUUCUCUUUAUUUAAUUUUCAUAUCACUGAACUUUGAAAUUGGGAUUCUGAAUGGACCCUGCAAACUGAAAUACAAAUUUCAUUUUUUUCCCACUUAUAAAAGCUAAAGCCAAACCUUAAUCCAGGGCCAGGAAUCAUGUGAAACCUGCUCAAACCAGUCACACCAUCACUGGUCUCAUUGUUCAGGUCAAUACCAGAUGAAGAAAUCACACAAUGUGAUUCACAUGUGCUUUUGUUGAUUUUUUUCCCCCAUCUGGGUUGUCCUAUUAUGGACUUCAAAGAAGAAAGGACCAGAGAGGAUCACAUUCGAUCAGAAUGUUGCAUUUCACGUAAAUUAACUAUUUGUCAGGACAAAUAAGAACUAAAUGAAAGUUAUAAGGAAAACAGAGAAAUGAAGCAAACAUACAGCUGUUGCUAAGUGCAGAAAAAUGGGUUUCUACGUGAUUCUUCAUUUGGUAAUGUACAGUGUUUGCAUAAUUUCACCUUUUACAUUUCUUAAUAACAUAAGGAGACUUCUCAGUAGGAGAACAGCUAAAAUAUACCACUUGGUUAUCUGUAGGAGUAGGUGUUUGUUUGU